AUGCAGGUCGCACCUGUCCUCGUCAUCAUGUGCGCGUACGCGUUGGUGGCCACGGGCCUUGUGCCGGCGCCUGAGCUGACGGACGCGCAACUUGAACAGAUUCUGUACAACCCGACCACCAUCAAGAUGUACAUCAAGUGCGCCACGAGCGAGGGCCCGUGUGAUGCUGAGUUGGUGACGGGCCCUGUGCCGGCGCCUGAGCUGACGGACGCGCAACUUGAGCAGAUCCUGUACAACCCGACCACCAUCAAGAUGUACAUCAAGUGCGCCACGAGCGAGGGCCCGUGUGAUGCUGUUGGGAAGAGGAUGAGAACGCUCGCCCCGUUGGUGCUCCGCGGCGCAUGCCCGCAGUGUUCAGCCAAGGAGACGCGCCAAAUCCGACGCACGCUCGCCUUUAUCCAACGAAACUACCCCUGGGAGUGGGCUAAGAUUGUCCGCCGGUUCGGCUGAGCUGAACUUCAACCCUGUUUUAUAAAGCAAACUGAUAGAA